CACAAAUAUCUCACCGGUCCUUUCACUUUAUACUUCGCUGGCUAAGAAAUUGAUAUUUUUGAGAGGUAGAAGCCGAUAAUCUCCAGCGGAAGCCUGAAGAGAAGGAUGAGAUUCGCAGUAAACCAUCGCUGCGGCGGGAUUGGCGGAGCUCGCGUCGGCGCCCUCUUUGCUGGCAACUCUCCAAUUUCCGUCGAGACUCCUGCUCUCCUUCUCUCUACCAUGAAGGGCCUUCCAGCCUUCCUCUCCCGAGACCUUGUCGCCAAUCUUCCAUUUCCAGGCCCCCACCCGCUGCACAUAAGCCCCAUUGACUUCAUUCACGGCCCUACUCCAUCGAUUAUUUCAAGCAUUGGAGGUCUGCAUGAAAUGUUGGCCUUGCAAAAUUGUGUCUUGGUGGCUUCGCCAAGGGAUUCUAUCGAAAGUUUGCCGGAGAGUGUUGCCGCUAACAAGCUCGGUGCAUCGUUUGAGACACCGGGAGGGCGUCGGCUGGUUAAGCCGUCUGAUUAUAUGGAGAUUAUUUCCUCCUUGAAGCCCGACUUUUGGGCUAGUUUGGCUGAUGAGGUUCCUGCAAGGGUUUCUGAGAAGAGGAAUAAGGCUUCGGUGGAUAGGACUGUGCGGUGGCUAGAUGACUGUAUUGCUUUGGACAAGACAGGUGGAAGUAAUAUUUUUGGAGCCAUUGUUGGUGGUGCUAGUGUAGAAGAACGGAAACGUUGUGCCACUGAAGUUGCAAAGAAAAAUGUGCGAGGUUUUUACAUUGGAGGUUUUGGGCUUGGAGAGAGCAUGGAAGAGCGCCCCAGCUUACUCAAUACAGUUGUGGAUAUCUUACCUGAGGAGAAGCCACGCCAGAUAUCCGGAUUAGCAUUACCAGAGGAGGUCUUGCAGGGGGUGGCUGCGGGUAUUGAUCUCUUUGAUUCAACGUAUAUUUAUCACCUUACUCUUGGAGGCCUUGCACUUGUCUUCCCACUUGACGUACUAGAGGGAGAAAUUUUCAGUACUCAAUUGCAUAAUUUUGGUGAUGUCACAAAGAUAAAUCUGCGAGCAACCGUGUACAGAAAAGAUACAUCACCUCUUGUCGACAACUGUAGCUGCUACACAUGCCAGAAUCACACUCGAGCCUACAUCAAUCACCUACUUAAUGUGCAUGAAAUGCUAGCUCAAAUCCUUCUAGAAAUCCACAACACUCAUCAUUAUCUGGGGUUCUUUCGCUCAAUUAGGGAAGCAAUAAAGAUAGACAAAUUUGAUUUAUUUUGUAAGAAAUUUAUUGAGGGAAGGCGUGCACAUCUUACCUCCUCUCAGCCAUGCUAUGAUGGUAAGGAAUCGCCAUUUUUAUCGAUUCAGACAAACUGAGUAUUGUACACACUAAAUUGUGUCAACUAAAUGCCUUUCCGCUACUGUUUUGUAUUGCUGUAAGGAAUAUAUCAGCAAACAUUACUGUUUUUAUGAGCUUAGGCAGGAUUAGAGCUUUUUAUUCCAUCGAAUAUUUAUAAAUAACCCAAAAUUAAUUUCAAGGAUUUAAUUGCUGAAA